CGUGCUGGCGAUUGGAGUAGGUGGGGUGGGCCAAUGGGGAGUCCGCCUCGCCAGGGCCCUGUUCCCUCCAGAAACGCAAAUCAUAUGUGCAGGAGUCAAGCAAGAAUCUUUAGAUCUGGCUACCAGCACUAUUAGCGAUGUUGUGCCUCUACUCAUGGGUAGAGACCAACCCAGUGACAUCAUCGCUCAGGAAGUCAAGGCGGUUUCUCGCACUGGCAAUGGUGUGAACCUCGUGAUGGAUUUCGCCGGCCUGACAAAGACUUUCGAAAUCGGCCUUAUGUCUCUGGAUCUGAAUGGUCAGUACAUCGCCAUUGGACUCUUUGGUGGUGAGGCUCAGAUUCCACUACCCAAUUUGGUGUUGGCUAACAUCACCCUGAAGGGCAUCGCAAUCGGAAGCCUGGACCAGCUCAAGCGACUGGUUGAACUCGUGCUCAAAAAGCCUUCCAUAUACGACAACCUGAAGUGCACCGUUUAUCCACUGGAAGAUGGCAUCCAAGUCUUGGAGACACUGGCUGAGGGGAAGAUGGUCGGACGGGCCGUACUGAAAUGCAACAAUGAUGAUGAGAAGCCUCUAGCAAACUUCACAUCUAACUGAAGAAAUGUUGUUAUUGAACCAUUCUAACGGCACCUUUGUUUAAGACACUGAAAAUACCUCAAUCCGUCAUUCCUCGGUUGCUUUGACGGUGAAGUUUAUCCAUGCAGUGCUUCUAGACCUGUAGUUUGUUUUCGGUUAGUGGGCUGAAAAAUUCAUUCCGGUCAUAAAGUAAUUACAAUAUGAAUACUGAAAUACAUGUAGUUUACUUUUGGGUAUAACAAUAUUUGUGUGAGAUUGUAUUUCAAUUAAAUAGAGUUAGUAUUAUAGGUAAUGAACACGUAUGAGAAUGCUUUUUGUAUCCAAAACAAAUUUUGAAAGUACUACUUGCGAUUUUUCUUAUGAGGCAGGAUUUCAAAGCUUGGCAGUCGUGUGAUGCUUCAAAAGCUUAGCAGAUAAGUACUUACACUGUAUACGUUUUUGUAAAUAUUUACACAUUUUGGGAAAAUGGGUGAAUCUGAAAAUUUUUUACAACUUAUUUCUCUAGUUGAAAAUAUAUAGUUUUUCAUUGCCAUGUCACAGACGGGAUCGGCGGCAAAAAAGGCUUUUGGUCGAUUGGGAGCUAAAAUUAGAGUCUGGUGAAAAGACAACCAAAACAAUGGGUGCUCUAAUAGAAGUUCACGUCGAAUGAAAAGCAUUGCUUCGUAGAUAGCCUUGUGUGCAGCAGCUCUAAUUAAACUUGAACAGUGGUUCAAGACUCUAAUACAACAUUCAUUUUCCAUUGACAGACGAAUUAAAUGUUAAA